GUAAGGAGGAAAGAUUCCAUAUAGUCGGCAAUCAGAGAACCGCUAUGAGAAGAUAUCCAGUGUAUGGAUAUGGAGGAUUGGUUUAGAGAAUCAUGAUAAGCAAUUAAAGAAUCUGCGUGAAAGGAAGCGAGGCGACCCCGACUCAAUGGCCUCUCUCUUGCUUGAUGGGAACCAAGACCCCUCGGGUUUAAACUUGAGUGAGCCUUCAGCAAUGGCUAAGGCAAAAUCCACUACGGUUAAAGAUGCUGUUCACAAGCUGCAACUUUGUCUUCUGGAUGGCAUUCACGAUGAGAGUAAACUUUUUGCUGCUGGAUCUUUGAUGUCUCGUAGUGAUUACCAAGAUGUUGUGACUGAAAGAACUAUAGCAAAUAUGUGUGGAUAUCCACUAUGCAGCAACUUUUUACCUUCUGAUAGGCCUCACAAGGGUCGUUAUCACAUUUCGAGGAAGGAGCAUAAAGUAUAUGAUCUACGUGAAACCUACAUGUACUGCUCAGCAAAAUGUGUUGUAAAUAGUCGAGCAUUUUCCAGUGGCUUACCAGAAGAGCGUACUUCCUAUCUCAACCCUUCUAAACUUAAUGAAGUCUUGCAGGCUUUUGAGCAACCUGGUUUGGACGCUCAGGUGGAUCUCGGAAGAAAGGGAGAUUUAGGGUUGUCUGAAUUAAAGAUUCAGGAGAAAGUAGAAGUGAAGGGUGGAGAAGUUUCUCUUGAAGAGUGGAUUGGUCCAUCCAAUGCAAUUGAAGGCUAUGUUCCACAAUCAGACAAGACUCUCAAGCCACAAUUGAAGCCCCCCAAAAGAGGAUCUAAGUCUCAGCAUAGCCAGCUCAAUAAGAAGAAAACUGUGUUAUUUAGUGAGGCAGAUUUCACCAGUUGCAUAAUUACUGACGAUGAGUAUAGCAUUUCAAAGUUACCAAGUACUUCAACAGCUCUUUUGAAUGAUUCUGCCACUGAACCAAGUGAAAUAAGAAGUCAUGGGAAGACUGAUCUUAGUAGCAGAACAAUCAUUCUCAGUGAUUCUGGAGAACCAAAGAAUCUCCAAAGUGUGUCUGGGGAACUAGAGUCAACAAGUACAGAGAAGGAUGACGAUUCAUAUCGCUUUGCAUCUGCAGAAGCCUGUGCAGCAGCAUUGAGUGAAGCAGCAGAAGCUGUUGUCUCGGGCUGUGAUGUCUCAUCUGCUGUAUCUGAAGCUGGGAUUAUUAUAAUGCCACCACCACAAGAAAUGGAUGAAGUGGAUUCUGGGGAGGAUGAUGGAACGCUUGAUGGAGAGCCACAUUUGCAAAAAUGGCCAACAAAGCCAGGGAUGCCAAAUUAUGAUUUGUUUGAAUCUAAAGAUUCUCUUUAUGACAUUCCACCAGAGGGGUUUAGUUUGUCUUUGUCACCAUUUUCAACAAUGUUUAUGGCACUCUUUGCAUGGAUAUCAUCAUCAUCCUUGGCCUUUAUAUAUGGGCGUGAUGAAAGUGACCAUGAAGAAUAUUCAUCUAUUAACGGGCAAGAAUAUCCACGGAAGAUUGUACUCUCAGAUGGGCGCUCAAUUGAAAUUAGGCAAACUCUUGCUGGUUGUCUCUCACGGGCCUUGCCUGGCGUGGUGGCUGAUCUUAGGCUCCGUAUACCGAUAUCAACCCUGGAAAAGGAAAUGGAUAAAUUGUUUGAUACCAUGUCUUUUGUGGAACCGCUACCCCCAUUCAGAAUGAAGCAGUGGCAGUUGAUUGUUCAUCUGUUUCUUGAUGCUCUCUCUGUAUCUAGGAUUCCUGUGCUUAAUUCAUUUAUGACAGAGAUGAGAUUCCUGCUUCCGAAGGUUCAAGAACAAGCUGGUGUUAGUGCUGAAGAGUACAAGAUCAUGAAGGAUCUCAUUAUUCCACUAGGCCGUGUACCUCAUUUCACGAUGCAGAGUGGAGCAUAAAGCUUUAUGCCAAAUAUUCAUCAAUUCCAAUAGGCAGCGUACGUAAUUUUUAUGAGAAACUUUUGUAUUUGUGCUCGUAAGAUAUCAUUUCAAGGCAUUUCUAAAAGAUUAAUCAUAAGCACAUCUCAUGGGUUUUGAUUGAAAUGUGGCCUAUAGGAAUAUGUAAUUACUCGGAGUAGCACGGUUUUGUGUGUGAAAUUGUUCGAAUGGCGGAAAAUUUCCUUGUGCCAAUAUGUUCUGAAAAAAUAGACUUAUUAUGAACUCCAAAGUCAUUGUGUGGCACCAAAUUAUACUUCAAAACCAUAUUGCUGAAUUGGCUGUGA